AUGCCUUACUCGCUGGAAACCCUGAACCGAGCCAAGGCGGCCUUCCCUCAUCCACACCGCAAGGUGUUCACGGCCAAGGACGCCGAGGCCGUGCUGGGCCCCGUCUACGAGCUGCGCAAGCGCGGCGCCCAGCAGCGCGAGAACACCACCAGCACGUGGAUUGACAAUGACCACGAUGAGGACUACGUCCCCGAGGAGGAGAAGCCCAAGCGGAAGCGGUCCGCAAGCCGCCCAAAUCGAUCGAGCCGUGCCCGGAAGCGUCGCCGCCAGGCAUCCACGCGCAGCUCGCAGCCCAGCGGCGCGGCUGCCCAGUCGUCUGAGUCUCCUCAGACCAACCAAGCCUCAUCCUCUGCCAAUGGGGAGGGUGAGGAAACUGAGGAGAACGAGGACGAUGGCCCAGAUGCGUGGGAUGUAUACUGGGCGGCGACGGACGACUGGGCCAGUCCGACGGGUUACAACUUGCGGACCCGAAACCGACCCUCCUAUGUCUACUGA